CCAGCAUGCACAACUCAAUACAAAUUCGAAACACAUGGCGGGGAUGAUAGAGCACACAAACUGCGAAAUUAGCGCUCACACAAGUGCGAGUCGCGACGCAUGGCAUCAUCCCCUCCGCCUGGUGAAUUGAACCUCCGAGCCCAAAUUGAUAUUACAGUUCUGUUGUCUACUCUCACUGAAAGAACAUAUGAAGGGCUCGUUCACCAGCAUUCCUUUUUGCGCGAUCGUGCUAUCAAUGACACGAUCCGGACGAAAAUGCGAUUACUUUGCGAUCUACAUGGCGUGGAGGCAUAUCUUUUUUUUAUUCGAUGGCUCCUGACAUACUAUGCCUUUGCGAUUCGGAGACGAAGGGCCGAAACCUCACCUUCACUCGCAUUCCGACUCCUUGUUCAAGAAGUUCACGGGAUGGCAAGGGAUCCAUUCCUCGCACCACGUUUCUGCCACGCAAUCGGUGAAGCAAUCGAAGACGAACCCGAGUUCCUCCAAUAUUUCAACCUGACGCACUUCGUUCAACAGUCGAACCUUGGGCCUCUUGAGAAAUUCGUUCUUGCUAGUUCAAUCGCGAGCACUAAAAGUGGAUCAUUCAAUAGAGAGCUUGUCGAGCAGGGCAUCCGAAUGGCUCGGUCUAAUUUUGACCAAGCCAUGGGAGAACUAGUAUCUCGACCGAAUUUCGAACCUCCGCUGAGAUGGACAGCUGCGUCUGGCCUGCUUUCGGAGGCCGCGGAUAAUCUAUCCUCGUCACAGCUUAACGAAUUGCUGGAUAAUGUGUUAAUUGACUCGAAAGGUUCUAUAUUAGAUGCCCGGCAGAGGGCUAAACUCAUCUCAACUACACGAUCGAUAUUUCCCAUGAUCGUUGUUAUUCGAGAAUCUGGCAACCCCUCAAGGACCCUCUCAUCAUUCUCGAGUAUCACUGUUAAUGGCAAUGCGGAGCUUUCCCGGGUGCCUCUAGGAACUGAUCCUCCACGAACUGCUUCAUCAAAGUUUGGCAUACUGACGUCUCAGUGGUACAACACUCAGACUAGAACUCUUAAUUCUAAGGUGUGAUGGGGUCAAAGCUUCCAGCAACUGCACUGUAUCUUGGUCUUUAUUUAGGAAGGGAAUUCUGACAAUAGCAAGGUCGUUAUUCGCACGCGCAAAGGCCUACCGUUGCACCGAUCCCCAUUUCGUUCUCGUUCCAGCUCCAGCACCUCAACACCUAUAAUCGCU